GCACGUUGCCAGUUUCAGUUGCCAACAAACCCUCGAUCCGUUCAGUCGAGUCCAACGUGUCAAGCGGAACAUAUAGCAGUGCAUUUCAUUCAGAGUUCUUUCCAGUUUACGCGUUUUAUAGUUCUAGCCAAGUCAGCAGCCACAGUGCCAGCAGAGUUGCCCAAAAGGAUACAGCGACGCCUCGACCAGCACCUCCUGUCCAAACAAAAGACUCGGGCAACGAACGCGCCUCACGAUGAUACAAAGGCCUAAAACUGUUGGGCCUGGGCUGCUGCUCCUGCCCCUGAUCCUACUGCUGGCCGGACAGGCUGCCACACAGGAACCGGCGGCGUCGCCCGGCGAAUUUGCCCCACAUGUGACGGCCACUUGCAAGGCGGGCACGAUGAACAUCAAGGUGAAGGUGAACUCCGGCUACACGGGCGCCGUGCACGCCCGGGACUUUCGCACUCCGGCCUGCAUGGCCAUGGGCGACGGCAGCGAUGCGGUGGCCUUCAGCCUCAACCUGUGGGCCAAGCAGGGAGCCAGCGACUACUGCGGCAUUCUGGUCAGCAACGUGAGUGGAAGCAAUCGCACCGAGGAGCGAUCCAUUCAGCUGGCAGUGCGUGUGCACAAGACACUGGAAUUGGCGGAUGAUAAGUUUUAUGUGAUUACCUGUGGCAAAUCGGGCUACACUCGCGACGACAAUGCCCAUGUGGUGCUCAAGUUUCUGGAGAACGAUCAUCGAGUGCGUGAGACGGUGUACGGGCACGAGUACAAGAUACGCGCCGAGUUCUCCAAGCCGAAUGAUACCUAUGGCCUGCGUGUGGGCAACUGCUUUGCCUUUGACAAGAAGAACCGCACCCUCAAGCUCACCGACGACAGCGGCUGCCCCUACGAUGCCACGAUUAUCAGCCGCUUUGUGCCCACUGCGGAUGGAAGAGCUGCCGAGGCGACUCUCACCUCGAUGUUCAAGUUUCCCGAGGGCUCUGAGGUGCAUCUGCAGUGCGAUGUGAUCCAGUGCUAUGGUCGCUGUGUGGAGAUCGAUGAUUGCAACGAUGUGGCCCUGGCUGGCUUCACCAAGGGCAGCAAUGGACCCCGGAAAUUCGGACCGAAUGAGGAGGGAUCCAGCCUGGCCGGCACCACAGUCUUUGUUCUGGAUCCCGCAGAGGCUAGAUUAGUCUCGUCGAGCUGCGAGGAUGGCAUACGACCCAGUUGGCUGCUCUGGCUGACCAUUACGUUGGGUGUCCUGUUCCUAAUCAUGCUGCUCAUGAACAUCUUCCUCUGCACGGCCAUGAGCUGCAGUUGUGCCAACACAGAGAUAAUCGAGAAGGAGCCGUCGAUCAUCGAGGAAUACGAUCCGUAUCGCAGCUGGCACGGCAGCCAGUAUGGCUCCCGGUAUUCGCUGCAUGGCCGGGAUGCGCACAAGGGCUAUACCAGCGGUGGUUCGACGAUACACUCAAAUAGGUCAAUACCAAUCGAUAACGAUAACGAUUAUGCAAUUGUGCACUCGCGUCCCGGUUCCACGAUACACGGACAGCGCGCCCAUCGGGGACCGCCCAGUAAUAUCUGAACCAGUAAUAACCCAACCCAAUCGAUAAGAGCGCGACCAUAAUACGAUAAUGAAGGCACUAGUUCUUUAAGCUAGUCUAAGUCUUUUCCCCUUGCCCUUACCCUUCCUCCCCCUAUCUUGCGUCUCAAAAUGUAUAUAACUAAAAGAUCAUAAGAUUAUUCUUCAAGCCACAAGUUUUUCCAAAUUCCUAACGAUAGAGAUGAUGCCGCUGUAAAAUACUAAACUAAAAGGAAGUACUAAGCGUUCCCUUUGCCUAAUUUUAAAACAAC